AUGGGUAAGUUGAUUCAUUGUAACCCGAAUAAGGGCAAAAGCCAUCAUGAUGUAAAUAACUGUGACCCAAUUCAUGCCGAAUGUCAGAAGGGUAAUAAUUGUGAACAAACACAAGUCAAAAGUCGUUCUGAGGCAAUCAAUUUGGAUUCAAAUAAAGGCAUCAAAUCAACAGCACGUGAUCUAAACACUGACCAAAGUCAAGGAAGUCAGUGCGCCUCAAAACAUGGUGUUUAUGAAAAUCUUGAUGAUUUAAACUUAACAGUAACAGUAGAUACAAAAAAGACAAAAAAUGAUGAGGUUUUGGAUAGUGAUAAAAAAAUUGAUGACCCUUACCACAUGUUGUUUUUUUAA